GAGGUCUACCUCGUAGAUAUCUCUUAAUAUAGAUUACACUUACAUAUUCAACGAAAAAAAAAUAAAUUCAACGAAGCAUCGUAUAAUUGUAGAUCGAUAUACGUCUCAUGAUAUUCACAAUGUCAUCGUUUCUUCCCGUUAUCUUCCUCGUCCUAGUCUUUGUCCCUUCCAUAUUAUCAGCACCGGUGACAAGUUUAACCAAAGACUAUUACCAAGAAACGUGUCCUGAUUUCAGUAAAAUUGUUCGUGAAACCGUUACGACCACGCAAGGCCCGCAGGGGAGGACAGCUGCUGGAAUACUCCGUCUCUUUUUCCACGAUUGUUUCUUAGAAGGAUGUGACGCGUCCGUACUAAUCGCUAAAAAUGCUUUAAACAAAUCUGAACGCGAUGAUGAACUCAAUCAUUCUCUUACGGAAGAAACGUUUGAUAUCGUGACUCGCAUCAAAGCAGCUCUUGAAGAGUCUUGUCCCGGUGUUGUGUCUUGCGCAGACAUCUUGGCUCAGUCCACGCAUGACGUUGUCACAAUGAUUGGUGGGCCUUCCUACGAAGUCAAGUUAGGUCGUAAAGAUGGGUUUGAGUCGAAAGCUCAUAAAGUUAGAGAAAACUUACCAUUACCAAACCACACGGUCCACGACAUGAUGUCGUUAUUUCAAAAGAAGGGUUUCACUCUAAAGGAGAUGGUUGCACUAAGCGGCGCACACACUAUCGGAAUUUCUCACUGCAAAGAUUUCAUCAGCCGGGUCAUUGGGCCACAGCCUGAUCCAGAUAUCGAAGCACGAUAUGCUGAAGUUCUUAAAAGUCUAUGCAAGGAUUACACAGUGAAUGAAACGAGGGGCUCGUUUCUUGAUCCGGUGACGCCAGACAAAUUCGAUAAUAUGUAUUACAAGAACUUGGAAAAAGGGAUGGGACUGUUAGCUUCCGACCACAUCUUGUUUAAAGAUAAUAGUACGAGACCGUUCGUGGAGUUGUAUGCGAAUGACCAGACGGUUUUUUUCGAGGAUUUUGCACGUGCCAUGGAGAAACUAGGCAUGGUCGGUGUUAAAGGCGACAAAGAUGGAGAGGUGAGACGCAGAUGUGAUAACUUAAACAAACCUAACGGUUCAGUGGCGGAGCCAGACAAAAGUUUUACCAGCAAUAUAAGUUUUGAACUUAAUUUAUAAGGGGCAAUAGU